GGAACAGACGGAAGGGAGCACUCCUGGAUGAUUCUCAACGCCAGCCUCAUCCAGAGCCCGCCAAGGUGGGAGGAGUUGUGCCGACCACGGAGAAAGGGGCAACCAGACAGGCCCACCCAAGCUGGAGGAAGGGACGCUGAGCUGGCCUGGCUGUGGAGAUGGAGUGCCCAGGCCCUCCCCCACUAACCCCACCCCAUCCCUGUCCAGAGGGGCUGACUCAGCCUUUUCCCAAGCCCAGAAUGUUCCUUUGCUAGACCCUGGGGCCUUUGCGUCUAGUCAUGAGGCCUGAAGGGGGUGGGGACAGUUGAUAAAAGGCACCAAAGGCAGCUCCCACACCCUUCCUCAGAACCGCUGCCCACAUGCAGCCCAGGACACAGCCCCUAACCCAGGCCUUACCCUUCUCCCUUGGAGGGGUCCUGCGAGACGCUGGGCUCCGUGUGCCUGUCAUUAAGAUGGGCACAGGGUGGGAGGGCCUGCAGCGAACCCUGAAGGAAGUGGCCUACAUACUGCUCUGCUGCUGGUGUAUCAAGGAGCUGCUGGACUGAUGACGCCAGGGAGCGGCUUCCUCUACCGCUGACAGCAUGGCUGGCACCGCUCAGCCCCGUCAAGACUCCUGGGGCCAGCUGUGCCUGACCAAGGACAGGUGGGCCACAAACGACGACUGAAGAGUGAAGUGUGGAUCCUGCUUUGAGCUGUGCCAUCUGCCAGACUAGCCUCGUCUCUGGACCUCAGUCCCCAGCCUCUGCCUCUGUCGAACCUCUGGUGAGCGGGAGUCUGGCCUGCUGGCCGGCGCUCCAGUAAGACGACCGCAGGACCUGGCACACCUCUACGCCUGGCACAGUGAGCCCGCCAGCCCAGAUGGGUGAUCUCACCGUGCUCUUAGUACCAGGCAUGGGCUGUGCCCUAAGAUCUCUGUUUGAGAAUCGCUGAACUAUACGUAUAAUAAAAAGGCUUUGAGGCCAAAAGUUCCAAAUGUCUAAGAGGGAAGCAGACAAAAGUCGGCACUGAAGGAGUCUUCGAGCCAGAGUGCAGCAGACCAAGGAGGGAAGGACGUUGUCCAGGACAGAAGUGACAUUGAAAUCCAGGUUUCCUGACUCACUCUUACCUGGGUGGGGAGAGUGGAGGGGAGAAAGGCCAGGAUCCUCCCACCUAUGUAUAGCGAGGGGUCCAGCUUGGCGUGUUCUGUGAGGCCAGGGUAUUAGAAUGGCCACCCGAGGGUCUCAACCCUUCCCCAAGUAGAGGACCUGGUGUAGGGAGCUCCCUGCCUCUGAGGAGCUUAGGGAAAGCACUGUGCUAUUCCCAGUUUGUGGAGGAAGUGGGCCCCAUGAGCUACCAGAGCUCGGGGCUCACACACACACAACUACAAGAGAAAAGCCAUCUGUGCAGCCACACCGGUUCCUCAGGCUUAUCAGGGCAUGACUCCUAUCAGGACACCAACGGUUUGAGUAAGUAGAACUGACUCCUCGCUUCCCCUUGGAAGCCAAUAACAGGAUUUCCCAAAAGACUCCCAGUGGUAGGUACACGUGCACAUCGUCUUGCUCACGCUUACUCACACGCCCCCCCACAGCCUCCCACAACCGCAAAGCCAGCAACAGGACUUGUUCAGUGUCCUGCUGGGAUCGCCAUUCAGAGAGUUCCUGACCUCCUUGGGCCCAGGUAUUGCUCAUCCCCCUUUCUCAUCUGGGACACUGGCCUGAUCCGGUAUAUGGGGCCCUCUUGCUCCCUCUCUGGGAUCAGCUCUUCUUCAACCUUCUUAGUUAACUCCUUUCUCUCUGGGUUUUUUCCUCUUUGUAAAGGUAGUAUAUGCCUAAAGUAAAUAAUUCUCUUUUCUUUUUUGCAGUUCUGGGGAGUGAAGUGAACCCACAGGCGUUCUUUACUCCUAGUCUUUUUUUUUUUUUUCAGUUGUAGAUAGACACAAUACCUUUAUU